AUGACUGAAACAUUUGAGGAUUGGGACGUUUCAGUCUGUGAUAAAAAAUUAUUAGAAUCUAAAAUAUUCUCCACCCCUGCGAAAAUAGGAGAUUUGGAUAAAGUACAUAAAGAGGUGUUGGGUUUAGAGGAGGCAGUCAGUAGAACCUUUAGGGUUGUAAAUAGAAAUAUCAGUCAGCUCAAUGAAGCUGACGCUGGCAUCCAAAAGGAUACAAACGCCGGGUUUGCUCUAGUUGCUGGUAGAGUAGAUAAACUAGACUUAAAACUAGGUAAAUUAGAAGAAAAGUACGAAAGAUUUGUAAUUGAUUUGGAGUCCCGUGACAAUCUUGAAUACGAUGAAAUAAGAAGCAGCGGUGCGUCAAGACUGCUUACUUUAAACAAAAGACAAGAAAUAAUUCCUCCGAUACCGCCACACAAGAUUCCUCAGUCUUCGGGUAUAGGUCGCAAUGAAAAUCAAAACUCCUUAGGGAAUAAAAAUAAUCUAGUACAAAAUAAUUCGAUUGAGCUUAUCAAUAAUGGGGAUCAGCGUGCCAAUGAAUUUGAACUUAAUAUAUUAGGGGAAGCGAGUUCCUCUGGUCCACAGUUGGGGGUGUUUAAUGGAGAAACAGCUUUUGCGUUUGACGAGUGGAUGAUAAAAUUCACUGAUUAUAUUGACGUAUUUGGUAUGACCUGGACCGAACCUGAAAAAAUAAACAGAUUAAAAUUGUACUUAGGUACGCAAGCACGCAGUAUUUUUGAAAGCUUAACGGUAAAUGAACGCCAAACGUUAGCCACUACUUUAAAGAAUAUUAGGAAAAAGUUAGAUAGUCCUCAUUUUAGAGAGCUAGCUUAUAAAAGGCUUGCAGCAUGCUAUCAAAGAGAAUCUGAAUCAGUAAAUGACUUUAUUAAGAGAUUAGUUCCACUUGUUAAUUCCACAUCGUGCCAAGUCCCACCUGAGGUUAAAGAGGAAACAUUGUGUAGAUGUUUUAUGGAGAAAGUCAGACCGGAGUACCAACGUUCUCUUCAACUUGUGGGACCUUUGAUAGGACGUAAGGAUUUUGAUAAGCUUACUGCCUAUGUCCAGGAGCUUGAGGUAGCCUCUGAAAAGGAAAGCAGGACUUUCAAUGAUGGUAUUCAAGCUAUCACAGAGCAACCGAAUCAAAUGCCUAGGGGUAGAUUUGAUACAUGGAAACCCAGGAGACCAUACAACUUACAGACCUUUAGGGGACCUUCAACCAAUAGACUUUCAACUUCUAGUAAUGCACAAGAAUUAGGACAAAGGAGUAAUCAGUAUAGGGGCCAACAACGACCACAGAAUGACAGAAGAUGGAAUACACGCCCUUACUGUCAUUACUGUAAUAGGGCCGGUCAUGAACAAUAUCAAUGUAGAGUCCGUAAGGCAAAUGAGAUGCAAAAUGAGAGUUAUAAGUAUAGAAAUAACAAAGGUACUAACAAUAGGAAUGACCAAGACCUUAGGGAAAUUGUUGAAAAUCUAGCAAUACAAGUCCAUGAAAUGAAAAUGAAAACUAAUUAUGCACUAGCAAAUCAAGGAAAUAUGAAAUCACUUCAACCGGUAAGCCAACCGGCGCAAUCUGAAAAAGCUAUAGCUAAAAGUGAAACCAAGGAAAAGGUAGAACCUAAGAAGAUUUCUAGUUGGGAAAGUAGCUUUAGAGUAAGGGUACCCUCAAUUGCCAGCACAUCUUUGAUGUUAAUGAUAAUGUGUUGUAGUGCACUAGCAAUCAAUCCCGUGCUCAUUCCAAAAGGUCCGAUGAUAUGUCAGACACAUAGGCAAGCAAUGCUGUGGCAAGUCCCUGAAAUUCCGAGCUGUCCUCCGAUAAAUUUAACAGCUAGACACACGCCAAAAUUAGAAAAACGAAGGAUAUUUCUUCCUAAUAGUAUCGAAUUUUCAACAAAAGCUUGGGCUUGUAGAAAAAUUAAAAAGAGUGCUAGGAAGUACACAACAAUUACUGGGGUUCCCAUGGAAGAAAAAUUAAUUCCGGAAGCUAUGGAUCUGUACCUUAGGGACGCUUAA